AAACCGGAAAUACUAUUCAAAUCUAUUGGAUUUAGUAGCAAUUUGGAAUACAAUAUUUGCUAAAAGGAUACAAAUCACUAAAUGUAGUAAGUUAGUUAAAGUCAAAUCGAGCAGUAUGUUACAUAGCAUAUUUAAACAUUGCUUUGAGUACAAUUUCCCCCAAAAAUAAAAUAGUUCUAGUGAACCACGGCACUAUGUUUCCACGGUUUAUGUAGCCUAUCAACUAUGAUCCUAGCUGGAGGAAGUCGAGCAUUCUGAGACUUCUAUUAGGAUGCGUGUACUACUUUUGAAAGAGCCAAGAGAGGGAGAUUCUGGACCUGACCCAUACAUACAGGAACUGGCAUCAUAUGGACAUACAGCCAAAUUAAUUCCUGUAUUGUCUUUUAAGUUGAUGUCUUUGAACACCUUGUUGGACAAGCUUUUUCAACCAGACAAGUAUGGUGGCCUCAUCUUUACUAGUCCUAGGGCUGUUGAGGCUGUCAACAUGUGUUUAAAGGUAGAAGAAAGAAAGCAAGAGUGGAAUAGUCAUGUAAAAGACAAAUGGAAUGCCAAGUCCAUUUAUGUUGUUGGAAAGACUACCGCAUCUUUAGUGCAACAUCUGGGUUUGGUUCCUCUGGGAGAAGAUACUGGGACUGCAGAUGUUUUGUCACAAUUCAUUCUUGACAGACACAAUUCCAGGACAUUACCAUUAUUCUUCCCCUGUGGAUCAAUCAAAAGAGAAGUGCUUCCCACUGCUUUAAGGGAAAAUGGAAUGCUUCUUGAGACACUAACAGUCUAUGAAACAGCUCCACAUCCUGACCUGGAAAAUAAUUUGACAGACUAUUUUACUGAACAGGGUGUCCCGGCCAGCAUUACUUUCUUCAGCCCAUCAGGAUUCAAGUUUUGCUUUGAAACGGUUAGAAGAUUAUUGUCUGAACAGCUCAAUCAAAUCAAGUUUUCAGCCAUUGGACCUACUACAGCAGAGGCCAUGAUGGCAGAAGGACUAUCAGUAAGCUGUUGUGCAGAGAAGCCCACUGCUGAACAUCUAGCCGCAGGGAUAGCAAAGGCUUUAGAGUAACUCACCACCAACCUGAAAAAUGUGAUUCCAUCCACCAUCACCAUCUGCAUUCAUAUCCUGAAUUUAAUGAAUUUGUUUAGGAUUGUUAGUGAUUUAUUUCUGUCAAUCCAAUGUUUUCACCGUAUUGCUUUUCAUUACAAGUAUUUAUUUAUUA